GCUCAUCAUCGAAGGGAGGCCUUGUCAGGUAAAGCAUUUAUGUAGGGCUAGCUGAUCAUAACUCAGAUUCUCUUUGCUACCUAAAGAAAUAUUUAUUUACAGGACAAAUAGACAUUAGAUUAAGACAAUAAGUCUAAUUCCCUGGGCUAAGUUGAUACAUAGAGCUUGCAAUUGUUGGUUUGGUUUUGAGAUUUCUCAAAUCUGGAACAAACCAAGAUAUAGAUGGAUAACUGCCAGGACAAUGUUCCAUCUAAUUCUGUUUAUAAGAAAAUUCAAGACCACAGAUGUUCCAGGUAAUGUGUCCAAAGGAGCGCCAGGCUUCUGUUCUGUAUAUGUCAUCAGCAAAGGAAAGAUCUCAUCGGUGCGAUCUGCUAGUGGUCCACCACCUCCAAAACACCCCAUUCAAACUCAAAUGCAGAGCACUGCCAGCAACAUGUCUGAUACAGUUGAAACCCCUUUCAAGUCUAGCCUAGCUCCCAGAGUACGAGAGAGGUCACCAUAUACCCUGCAAGGCCUUCAAGAAGAUAUGGAAAUCAAGUCACCAUUCACUAGAAGAGGUGGAAUCGCCAAAUAUGAGCCCUCCAUUCCAGAUUCUGACAUAUCAUUUGUAAGCAGUGGAAGGCCAAGCAUCGAUCACACAUUUCCUGCUAUCUACGAUGCUUUUGAAACUGGAAUGACACCUCGGCUUUCAAAUGCUUUCGAAACUGGAAUGACACCUCGGCUUUCAAAUGGCUCGGAUUAUGAAUAUAGAUCCUUUGGGUCAUUGUACUCAGGAAACAAAUCAAUAGAUGCAAGUUCACAGUAUAAUUUCUCAUCAACCUCACAAGAAAGUGGCAAUACAUCAUGGUCGUCUUCACAGAACAUGGACGACAUGGAAGCUGAGAUGCGGAGACUCAGACUAGAGCUCAAGCAAACAAUGGACAUGUAUAGCUCAGCCUGCAGAGAAGCACUCACAGCAAAACAGAAGGCCAGGGAACUUCAUCAUUGGAAAUUGGAAGAACAACAGAGAUCAGAAGGCGCGCGAUUAGCAGAGGAAGCUGCAUUGCAACUUGUAGCAAAGGAGAGAUUUAAGUGUAAAGCAGCCAUUGAGGCAGCUGAAUCAUCUCAAAGGAUCGCCGAAUUGGAAUUACAAAAAAGACUUAAUGCAGAAAUGAUAGCUCAAAAGGAAUUCCAGGAGAGGAAUAAGGCACUAGCGUCCAUUGCCAACAGUGAUCUUCGAUAUCGAAAAUACACGAUUGAGGAGAUUGAAGCAGCAACAGAUGAGUUUUCAAACUCACUCAAGAUUGGAGAAGGAGGUUAUGGGCCUGUUUACAAGUCCUAUCUGGAUCAUACACCAGUGGCCAUUAAAGUUUUACGUCCUGAUGCAGCUCAUGGAAGGUCACAGUUUCAGCAAGAGGUUGAAGUAUUAUCCUGCAUAAGGCAUCCAAACAUGGUUCUCCUCCUUGGAGCCUGCCCAGAGUAUGGCUGCUUAGUCUAUGAGUACAUGGCUAACGGAAGCUUGGAAGACUGCCUGUUCCACCGAGGAAAUAGUCCACCUCUUUCUUGGCAAUUAAGAUUCCGGAUUGCUGCAGAAAUUGGCACUGGCCUUCUUUUCCUCCAUCAAACCAAGCCAGAACCACUUGUGCACCGCGACCUAAAACCAGGCAACAUUUUGCUUGACCGCAACUACGUCAGUAAGAUUAGUGAUGUUGGCUUGGCCAGGCUUGUCCCUCCAUCAAUAGCCAAUACUGUUACUCAAUAUCGCAUGACAUCAACAGCUGGAACAUUCUGUUACAUUGACCCAGAAUAUCAGCAGACAGGAAUGCUAGGGAUAAAAUCCGAUAUUUAUUCACUUGGUAUCCUGCUUCUACAAAUAAUAACAGCCAAGCCACCUAUGGGUUUAACUCAUCAUGUUGAGAGGGCCAUUGAGAAAGGAACUUUUGCAGAGAUGCUUGACCCAGCCGUUCUAGAUUGGCCCAUUGAGGAAGCCAUGAACUUUGCCAAGUUAUCUCUUCGUUGUGCAGAACUGAGGCGGAAAGAUAGACCAGAUCUCGGAGCGGUCAUACUACCUGAGCUUAACAGAUUGAGAGAACUUGCUGAGGAAAACAUGCCUAGCGUCAUGCCUGGGGGCAGCACAGGAAGCUCCCCUUAUCACAGCCAAUUUUCCUCAGUUCAAGAUGUGAUCACAGCGAACUACAAUCUGGAUAUGAUAGCUCAAGAAGCCACCCAAGCACACCAUCUAGAGGAAGAAGAUGAAGGACGAUUGAAAAACACUUUGUUGUAGCGAAGAUAGAUAGAUGUAUUUGGCAUUCAA